AUAAAACUAGUUCAGAGAAAGGCAUCCAGGAUGGAUCAAGACGGGUUCGACAAGAUGAAUUACAGGGAUCUGCAGAAACUGGCCAAAACUGCCGGAGUCAAGGCGAACCUACCCAAGGCUGAGCUGAUUAAAGCGCUCCAGGAGAACGCAGCCAAUGACUCGGGUGAAGAUUCCUACCAGGAGAAUGCCCCGAGCAAGACUGAACCUUCGAAAUGCGAAAACAAGGACGUAACCAAGAACGUUCUCAACACUACAUUUGAAGUAGAAGAUACUCCGGAGGAGUCUAACGAGUUAAACCGAACUUUCGACAAACUAACUCCGGAACCAGAGAGAAGAAAGUCGACAAGACUUUCCGUUGAAACCUUGACAACAUCUUCUCGUUUUGUCGAGAUAAUGAACUCUCCUAAACCAAGAGACUCGUCCUCCGGACCUAUAACACUCUCUGUUCCAAUCAGACCCGGAGCUAGUGUAGGGAAGAACACUCCCAGAGUAUCUAGCGCUAGAAAACCGACAGGACGGAAGUCUCUGUGUACACCUGGAGCUUCAAGAAAGGUUUCUACUCCCUCAACCCUUAAAUCUAUUCGUAAAGAUUCGGGAAAGAAGAUCCCAAUGGCGACCAAUAUCCCUCGCUUUGUCAAGUUUGCCCGAAAAGUUCCAGAUUUCGCAAAGAUGCAUGAACGAGAGUUCAUGAAGAUGGAGUCUCUGGACACAUACCUGGACAAAAAGAAGAAGAGAACUGAAAUGACCAUGGUGCAGAUGAACAAGGCAAAAACCCUGGCUGAGGAGCACAGCAAGAUCAUGAAUAAGAUGAAAAGUAGAACUCCUGUCUCCAAGUUUGUUCCCGCUGUUACCUCCACGUCCAAGAUGAACCUCAACUUUGGUUCCAGUACUCCCGGAGAUAAGGCUCCGUUUAAGUUUUCCGCUGCUACCGCUGUUGUGUCCAGCAAAAAACCGGAGCGGGCCCAGGUCGGUGUUAAGACUGCUACCAAACCUAAAGUUACGUCUAAAGAAACUGAACGGAAACCUAUUAAAACUCCUGCUGAACAACCUCAGACCCCUGUAUCCAAACCUCUUCACAAUAUCACCAACAAGAGUGUCACAGAGACUCCGUCCUCGGCCCGUAAGGCAUUUGAUCUGAAGGCCAGUCUUGCUAAACCACUUGGAUAUAAACCUCAUCUUGGCAAACUACCGACUUGGGGAGAUAAGAAGAAGGUCACUGAGUUACGCAAUGUGUCUGUGGCUGAGGUAACAGAGAGGACUAGGAAUAUUAUCCGCGGAGUUAGAAUGAAUAAGAGAGCAGCACUGCUUCUUCAAAACAGGAAGAUGGAGUAGAAUUGAACAGGACGAAUUAACGAUACUUAGAUCAUGUUGUAUCGUAUUGUAAUUUUGUUUUAACCUAUGUACUCCGAAUGUACAAAGUAUAGUACCUUAUUAUUAAACAAUACGCUUAUAUAUUCUUAGAAGAAAAUAUCGUAAUAUUCAUAUUUUUGUUCAGAAAUGUUUAUAUUUUAUGAUAUAAAAAUGAGUAUAUUAUGUUUCGAAAUAUUUGUAAAUAUACUGGUUGUGUUUACUAGAAUAAUUAUGAUACAAAGGCAAAGCAACCUUGCAGAAAAGAGACAAUAUCAAAUCUUCAUCUUAACAAAUUAAAGUACUUUAAUGGCUUUUGGCUUAUUUUGUCAGUUUUACGAAUUUGAUAAUAAAAUAAAUGGUUCGCCUCUUGAGCAUAUUUUCUCAUGUCAAACUUGAACCAAAUUGAUUAAAUGAUGUUUUUUUUUUGUGUGUUCAGUUUUCUUGUAUAUUUCUGUUUCAGA